UACUCGUUAAAACAGUGUUAGCUAAUCUUUAGACGUCAAUCACAGUUGUCAUAGCGUGUGCCGCAGUCCAGCACGCUCACAUUUGUCUAGUUCUGUUCAGCUCAAGUCCGUCGUUAAAACGUUCCAGCUGGAGUCCGCCGUGUGAUAGAUGUCGUUCCUUUUUUUGCUAUACGUUUGAUCAACAUCAAUAGUUAGUUACAAUGUCCAAUACACAUAUCUUAACCUGUGAUAAGAAAUAUAAUGCACAAAAAUCGAUGUCUACUGAUGAAGAAACAUUUGUUGGUGUUAUUGAUGAAGGCGUUAACAGUACACGCUUCUUGGUUUUUUCAUCAAAAACUCACUUGCCAAUAGCCUGUCAUCAAAUAAGUAUACCUAACAUAAACGUCUAUGAAGGAUGGUUGGUACUAGAUCCUGAGGAUAUACUAAUGAAAAUCAAAACAACUAUAGCUGUAGUAUGUAAAAAACUCAACAUGAUGCAUAUAUUAUCUUCAGCUAUUGCUGCGAUAGGCGUAACAAAUCAGCGAGGCACUACUUUAGUGUGGGACAAGUAUACAGGGGCACCAUUAUACCAUGCUUUAAUUUGGAUGGACAUGGCAACUACACAAUCAAUAGUUGAUAGAUUCAUCAACAAACAAAUUUCUAACUGUAAUACGUUGGAUGAACAAAAAAAAUUUUUGCAAUCCAAAUGCGGUUCGACUUUGAAUCCACACUUCAGUGUAUUCAAAUUGAUUUGGUUGAUGGAAAACGUACCUCAAGUUUCAAAAGCUAUUCAAGAAGAGAGGUGUAUGUUUGGUACAAUGGAUUCAUGGCUAAUUUGGGUUAAUUUUUUUCUUAUUAUCCUUAAACUGCUUAAACCAAAUAAUUUAGUAAUGCAAAUAUUCAACUACAAGUAUCUACUAAUGAGAAAUAGAUUUUUUGAUAUACCCGAAUCACUAAUAUUUCCUGAAAUACGGAGUUGUUCUGAGGUGUACGGACUAAUGGCUCAUGGACCACUGAUAGCUACGCCAAUAUCUGGGUGCAUAGGGGAUCACCAAGGUGCCUUCUUGGGUCAGCUGUGUUUCAUAGCUGGUGUAGCAAAGUGUACAUUUGGUACUAAUUGCUUUUUACUGUAUAACACUGGUCGUAAGCCAGUGAUUUCUUCACACGGACUUUUAACUACCAUCGCUUACAAAAUAGGCAAACACUCCGAUCCAAUUUAUGCUCUUGAAGGAUCUGUGGCUGUUUCUGAUUUUACUACUGAGUGGUUGAAAGAUAAUUUAUGGGUCAUGGAUAUUUAUAAAAAUGUAAACGAAAGUACCAAUAACUUGGCCAACAUUGAGGGAGACUUAAAUAAAAUUCAUUUGAUUCCUGCUUUAUCUGAACUUUAUGCACCAUUCUGGAAAACUGACGCAAAUGGUAAACUCACAGGACAGAUUAUAGAUACAUCAACUGCAUAUUUAAUGCGAGAAACUCUUGAAAGAAUCUGUUCACAGACAAAUGAAGUUUUGCAAUCUAUGCACACAGAUACUGGACAUCCUAUUGUGGCAUUGAAUGUAGACGGGGGCAUGUCUACUAAUGAUACAUUUUUGAAGAUUCUCACAAAUAUUUGUCGUCUUCCUGUUG